CAACUAGUUGGCAGGCCUCCCUGAAUGUUUACGUUCCGCUCUCAUCAUUAUUUUGAUUUUGAUUUUUGGUGCUGUUGCUUUUGGAUUACAACCGGACACGCAGCUGAGAUAGCCACACGGAUUCCAACUGGAAUGAGCCCAGCAGUCCUUCUCUGAGAUCUGACUUGGCCAACAACAUGGGCCAUUCGAGCAAGGCGCGUAAAGCGGCCGCCAGGGAAGCCAAUGCUUCUUCUGCCCAGCGAUCGGCCGGAGGAUCAAAAGGGGACACAGCGGAGCCCAGGAAGGCACAGCAGCAGCAGCAGGAGCUCACAUCUGGGCCAAGAAAGGUUCAGCAAGAGGACUCAGCGGAGCCAAAGAAAAACACACAGCAGCAGGAGACGAGCAACGGUCAUGACCAGUUCCUGGAGUCCUUGCUUCAGAUGCUCUACAAGACGUGGCUACAAGUGCGACGUUGGGCUGAGUUUGUCAUGUCCGAGCUGGGCGGCAGAGAGAUCGUGGAGUCCACGGCCGCCUGGUGUGCCAGGAAUCCUCACAUUGCCAUCUGCCUGUUGGCCGCUGGCUUGGUCUUUGUGCUGCCCUUCCUUAUUAUCUUUGGCUUCGGUAUAGCCACCAUGCUGAUGACAUUCACUGGCCUUUUGGUACUAGAAGGCACCCUCCUAACCAUUGUGUCGAUGGUGUUCUUCGCCUGCCUGGGCGGUUUCAUCAUUAUGGUUCCUAUCUUUGGUGUGGCUGCUGUGGCCGCAUAUUUUGGUUUUUCCCAGGUUUACGGUCUGUAUGAUGGCAUGGAGCGCCACAAGGUCAACCUGCUCAAAAUGCUCAGGGAGCCGCCUAGCAAAAUUCCUCCUCCUUCAUCGGUGGCCAUUGCCGAGGAACCCACAUCGACUACAUAAGGGAAUCAAGGUUUUGGAUUUCCUUCGCCUACUAAUACUAAUUCUCCUUACACACAUACAAAGUAAUUAAAAAAAAUAUAUAUAUAUUAAAUAAAAACCAGCCCUGCCAGCAUUUGGAAGAUUGUUAAUACAAAAAAUACCUAGAUGAGUUUUUUUUCAAGUCCCCUUUGCUGAUGGAAAAAGACUCGCAAAUGACUCGUGAUUAUGAUAAAAAAAGAAUAAUUUUUUAAAAUAAAAGUAAGAGCAGUUCUGGAUGAUACAAAAAAGACUCGCUAAUGACUCAUGAAUACGAUAAAAAAGUGAUUCGUU